AUGCAGGUAUUGAAAUCCACGCUGGCUGGCUCUGACCCCUCGGCCAUCCUGUGGGUGCCCUGUGAUGGCUCUCAAGGUGAUCUGUUCCAGAACCUUGCCGGGCACCGAGGGAAGGCGCAGGAGGCCCUGCAGGAGCGGUACCGGCUGGGUUCGCUGCUGGGCAGCGGCGGCUUCGGCAGCGUCUUCGCGGCCACGCGGCUCUCGGACGGCGCCCCGGUGGCCAUCAAAAGGGUGCCGCGGGAUCGCAUCCGGCACUGGGGCGAGCUGGUGAGUGAGCGGGGCCAGCGGCAGAAGCCGGGCCGGCUUCCCCAGCCCCGGCACGGCCUCAGCCCCACUGACGGCAUCGCGCUCCUCCCGCAGCCCGACGGCACCAGCGCACCCCUGGAGAUCGUGCUGCUGGCCAAGGUGGCCUCUGGCUGCGCUGGUGUCAUUCAGCUCCUGGAGUGGCUCCAGCUCCCCGACAGCUUCUUGCUGGUGCUGGAGCGCCCGGAGCGGUGCCAGGACCUGUCGGCUUUCCUGGCGGAGCGGAGGUUCCUGCCGGAGGAGGAGGCGCGGGGGCUGUUCCGCCAGGUGCUGGAGGCCGUGCGGCACUGCACCAGCUGCGGGGUCCUGCACAGGGACAUCAAGCCCCAGAACAUCCUGCUCGACCUGGCCACGGGGCAGCUGAAACUGAUCGACUUUGGCUGUGGCGCCUUCCUCCAAGACACAGCCUACACCCAGUUUGCAGGAACCCUGUCCUACAGCCCACCAGAGUGGAUCCACCACCAACGCUACCACAGCGAGGCAGCGACCAUCUGGUCCCUGGGCCUCCUGCUGUGCCACCUGGUCAUGGGCAAGCACCCGUUCAGGAGGGGCCAGGAGAUCAUCUGGGGGCGGAUCUUGUUCCCACGACGGCUCUCUCAAGAGUGCCAGGAUGUCAUUAAGAGGUGUUUGUCCAUGCAGCCCUUGGACAGGCCAUCCUUAGAAGAGCUUUUCCGUGAUCCUUGGGUGCAGGGUGUUCCUCUGCCCUAGAGGAUGGGAGAGAUCCAGGUGCACAGUUGGAUCCAGGGGCCUGGCAGGGAAGGAGAAGGAGCCCCUGGAGAAGCUGCACCAGGUGGGGCUGCUGCUGCUGGAGACACCAAGGACAACCUCAAGGAUGACAAUCUCUUCCUCGGCCUGGCCAGCUGAAGAUGAUGGACUUGGAUUCUGGCACCUUCUCCAAAGCCAGGCUCCACA